CGCGAGGGCGCCGCGGGGGCGGAGGACGACGGGCUGCCCGACUUGUCCGAGCAGGAGAUUGCAGACUCCCUCGGCGGGUUCUCCCUCCCGACGCUCGACGAGGGGUUCGACGAGAUCCGCUUCGAGUGGGCCGACUGUGACUGUGCCGAGGAGCACCUGCGGAGCUGGGUGCUGGAGUGCAAGACCAGUCUGGUCGUUCCCAGCCUGCAGCCGGGCGAGUGGUUCCUCUCGCAGAAGCAGGCUUGGCACCAGGCGCGGCUGCGGCUGCGCGAGGGCCACGUGCGGUUCCAGAAGGCCCUGAAGUCCGGCGCGGUCGGCCCGGCCCACGGCGCGCCGCGGGCGGAGGCGG